AUGUCUAGGUUUAGUGGUACUUUACAAUUAACUGACUUAGAUGAUUUUAUAAAUCCUUCUCAAGAAUGCAUAAAACCAGUAAAAAUAGAAAAAACCACAAAUAGUACAGGAUCGAAAAUAACAAUACGGGAAGAUGGAUAUUUCCAAAUAGCAGACGAUGGUAGCUCACAAAAAUUACAAAAAGUAGAAAUAACCCUAGCUGAUUGCCUGGCCUGUUCUGGUUGCAUUACAUCAGCUGAAAGCGUUUUAGUCACUCAACAAAGCCAAGAAGAAUUGUUGCGUGUUUUCCAGGAGAAUGACAAAUUGAAAUCGAUCAACUCACCUGAAGCCAAAGUAAUAAUUGUUUCUAUAUCCAUUCAACCCCUAUUAUCGUUAUCCGUUCGUUAUCAAUUAACUCCCAACGAGUGUGCCUCAAAAUUAGCACAUUAUUUCAAACGUUUGGGAGCCGAUAUGGUUGUCGAUAUGAGUGUAGCCGACGAUUUGGCUAUUUUGGAAUCCCAAAGAGAAUUCAUCAGAAGAUUCAGAUCGAGGGAAAACGAUGGAGUAAAGAAUGCUUUACCUAUGCUAGCCUCGAGCUGUCCAGGUUUUGUGUGCUACGCAGAAAAGACCCACGGCAGCUACAUUCUACCUUAUAUAGCAACCACAAAGUCCCCCCAACAAAUUAUGGGCUCGCUAAUAAAAGAGUACGUUCGCAACAACUUGGGCAAUAGACAAAUCUACCACGUAACCGUCAUGCCUUGCUACGAUAAAAAAUUAGAGGCCACACGGGAGGAUUUUUAUUCCAAAGAGACCGAUAGCAAGGACGUCGAUUGCGUGAUCACUGCAAUUGAAUUGGAGCAGAUGCUUUCGAGAGAGGGAAUCGAAUUGAAUUCGCUAGAUAACGGCACGUUUCAUCAACCGUGGGUGUCUAACGAUAGCGAAGUAUCCCCGGAUCUUGCUGGAAACUCGGGGUCAGGUUCCGGAGGAUACUCCGAUCAGAUUUUUAAGUAUGCUGCUAGAGAAUUGUUUGGACGCGACAACGUUAAUUUAGAGUAUAAAUCCAUAAGGAAUCCAGAUUUUAGAGAAGUAUUGCUUGAAUCAAAUGGGGAAGUUUUACUGAGAUUUGCUAUAGUAAACGGUUUUCGAAACAUUCAGAACUUGGUUCAAAAAUUAAAAAGGGGAAAAUCGCAGUACGAUUACGUAGAAGUUAUGGCUUGUCCUUCGGGUUGCUUAAAUGGUGGUGCUCAAAUUAGACCUGGAGACGGCAAGUCUGUUAAAGAAUUAAUAACAGAAAUCGAGGGACUGUACGAAUCGCUCUCCUCGCCUUUGCCCGAGGAGAAUAAAAUUAUAAAACAUUUAUACGACCAUUGGCUGGGCGGGCAAGAUAGUGAUAAAUGUUCCAAAAUAUUGCACACUCAAUAUCAUGAAAUUGAGAAGAUUCCCAACGCUUUAAAUAUUAAGUGGUAA